AUGUCUUCCGGAGAGGGGUACUCUGUUGUGCCUGUGCAGCGCAUCUUCUUUCCUUUCAGGAUUGUCCAGAUGGUCUUGACCGUUAUCGUGUUUGGGAUUGCCUGCUAUCACCUUUCUCUGGCCCCGAACUAUGAUGCUGGCGGCAUUAGCCUGUUCACGGGUCUCGCCAGCAUUAUCUUUUUGAUCUACUGGUUCGUGGCCAACAGCCCAGGCAACACCCAUCUUUACAACUACUGGGCUAUUUUUGCCGUCGAGCUCUUUGUCCUCAUCUUUUGGCUCUGUACCUUUGCCCUCACUGCCGACAAGGUCGCCCUACUUGUCCAGGCUACAAGCUACACAUCAAGCUACGAUGGAGUCGACUAUUCCGGCGAUGGGAGUGAAGGUAGCGGUUCGGUCUGCUACGCCGGCGUCUGUGUCAGCUAUAAGAGGGACCUCCAUGACAAACGUGGGCUUGUCAAACGAUCGACUGAUCCCCUCUCUGCGACCAUGUAUGUCGCCCUUGCGCUUUCAGUCAUCAACUUCAUCCUGUUUGGCGUCACCUUCGUCCUAUACACGAUCAACUUGUUCCGUCACCGGGCUGCUCUCUCCAGUCUCAAAGGCAACAACAUCGCCAUGAAUAAUGGCCAUGGAUCGGCCAGCCGAAUGGAGAAGGGAGUGGUCGUCAAUGGACACCAGUGA